CUCAAUUACGUACCAGUCGGGUUCCGCCAUACUUCCCAUAUAUAUAGACAGUUGCGUCGUUCACCGUUCUCUUCCUCUUUUUCCCCUCGUUCAUCUCUGUUUGACCUAGAAUAAUCAUCUCUUUCACCGUUUAUUCGUCUCUUCUCUCAUAUCUGAAUAAGUCUUUCAUUCAUUGGACUUCAUACAAGUAUAAGAAGUUAUAACCUACUCUCAUAUAUCCGCUUCACAGCAACAAACCAGAGCAACCAUGGGUUCUGACGAGUCGCCCGCCUCCACCUUCAAGUACAACCAACAACCCACCUAUACCACAUCCAGCGGUGCUCCAGUUCACCAUGCCGAGGCCUACCAAAGAGCAGGAGGUCCGAAUGGCCCGCUCCUUCUCCAGGACUUCCACUUAAUCGACCAGCUCGCUCACUUCGACCGCGAGCGUAUCCCAGAGCGCGUUGUCCACGCCAAGGGUGCCGGUGCCUAUGGCGAGUUCGAGGUUACACAUGAUAUCUCUGAUAUCACCGUCGUCGACAUGUUGAAGACUGUUGGCAAGAAGACCAAGGCCGUGACCCGUUUCUCGACCGUCGGUGGUGAGAAGGGCUCCGCAGAUUCUGCUCGCGAUCCCCGCGGCUUCUCCAUCAAGUUCUACACCGAGGAGGGCAAUUGGGACUGGGUCUACAACAACACACCCAUCUUCUUCUUGCGCGACCCCGGAAAGUUCCCUCUCUUCAUCCACACCCAGAAGCGCAACCCCCAAACCAACCUGAAGGACGCCACCAUGUUCUGGGACUACCUCUCCACCCACCAAGAGGCCAUCCACCAGGUCAUGCACCUCUUCUCUGACCGCGGAACCCCAUACUCGUACCGCCACAUGAACGGCUACUCGGGCCACACCCACAAGUGGCACAAGCCCGACGGGACCUUCAACUACGUGCAAGUCCACCUCAAGACCGACCAAGGCAGCAAGACCUUCAACAAUGCGGAAGCCGGCAAGCUCGCCAGCGAGAACCCAGACUGGCACACCCAAGACCUCUUCGAGUCGAUCGAGAAGGGCGACUACCCCAGCUGGACUGUCUACGUGCAAGUCCUCUCGCCCGAGCAAGCCGAGAAGUUCCGCUGGAACGUCUUCGACCUCACCAAAGUCUGGCCCCAGAAGGACGUCCCCCUCCGCCCCUUCGGCAAGUUCACCCUCAACAAGAACCCCGAGAACUACUUCGCCGAAAUCGAACAGGUCGCUUUCUCCCCCUCCCACCUCGUCCCUGGCGUCGAGCCCUCCGCCGACCCUGUCCUCCAAUCUCGCCUCUUCUCCUACCCAGAUACCCACCGCCAUCGCCUGGGUGUCAACUACCAGCAGAUCCCCGUCAACGCGCCCCUCCACGCGUUCAACCCCUUCCAGCGCGAUGGCGCGAUGGCGGUCAACGGGAACUACGGCGCUAACCCCAACUACCCCUCCUCUUACCGCACUCUGACAUACAAGCAACACUCCCCCAUCACCAACGACCCCCACCAGAAGUGGUCCGCCCAAGCGGUCAUGCACCUGAAUGAGGUUGUGGCUGAGGACUACGUGCAGGCUAAGGGCUUGUGGGAUGUCCUUGGACGCACUGAGGGGCAGCAGGCUAACUUUAUUGGGAAUGUCUCGGGGCAUUUGUCGGCGGCGAGGGAGGAUACGAGACAGCGCACUUACGAGAUGUUUUCACGUGUGGAUAAGGCGCUGGGUGAGGCGAUUAAGACGGCGACGGAGAAGAACGCCGCGCCGCAGAAGGAGAGCCGUUUGUAGAGAGGUGUGUGUGGAGAUGAGG